AUGUCUCUCUCGCAGUCAGGCAGCAACCGAGUCUCAGAUGGGGUGACUAUCAUAGGCCCACGGAGCCGAAAUAGGGGUGGCAAGAACAAAGGGCCAGGUGGACGUACCUCCAAACAAGAGAUGAUCCGCACUGUUGACCUGGAUGCUGUGGACGAUGCUGUGCGGAAACGGUGUCGCGACCUUGUCAACAAUUGCGCAGCCGCAGUGGCGGCGUUUGAAAUAGAUGAAGUGCAAGGGCAAGACAUCAAUAUCGGAGACAUUAGCCAUGUGGGAGACGACGCGGAUGUCGCGGCAGGAGAGGAUAACGACAAUGAAGAUGCUUGGGCGGAUGACGCGGAUGUUGAGGCAUUCCGUAUGGCUCUAGAAAACAAUCUGACAACAGGGGUGCGCCUAGAUGAGCGCACCUGGCGUGAUCGUCUCUGCGCGCGAGACGACAAUUGGCAGCAUGUUUUCCCGCGCUUGAAGGCGGCAUAUCUGCAGUGGAAGUACGGUAUUUCAGGCCGGCAAGGGGAGCGCAAGCGCAGCGCACCUGGAGAAGACACACCCUCUGACGAGGAGGCGCCGCCUGGGCCACACACAGUUGUGUGUGUCGACUUGUACAGCCUGCGGAAGGAAAUCACAGUAGAGGUAUCAUCCGGCCAGUGGACGGUCGAGGCACUGGCCUUGCUUGGAUAUCUUGGCAACACCGCUAUCGGGCCGUCGAUCGUGAUAUCGUUUGCGACGCUGGAACUGUUUCGGUGCCUGAAGCUUGUCAAGCCAUCCUUCAGCACGGAGGCUUUCACCAAGCUCGUCUGUUACAAGUAUUAUAGAGACCAGAUGGUAUACCGUCGCCACUAUCGCACAGCACUUGCGGAUGCUUUCGACAUCUAUUUGGAGGUCCUCGAUGACGUCGAUGCCAAGAUUCAGGAGAAGCUCGGACGAGGUGAUCCGAACUGGCGUCCGCACUUCAGAUGCCCACCAUGUGGGUACAAGAAUACCUACUACCUAGGCCUGGAGUUCGUCAAUCGGUUCACAAAGCAAGUCCCGGCACGCCAGGCACAGCCAAAGCCGACCACUGAUCUUGGAGGGGAUGCCCUGGACCAGGCCCCCGAGCCCGCACCGGUCUUCCUGGACACUGAGGGAGAUCCCACGGAUGGAGAAGUGGGUGCCCCAAGCCCCUGCGCCACGAAUUGGAAAGCGGCAGCUGCAGACAAGAGGGGUGGGUUCGACGAGACCGGGAUCUUCGCCAGCGCGUGCAGCGCUAAGUAUGGGGUCGCAAUGGUGGACAAGAUCAGCACGGAGUUGCCCUGCAAUAUUCUCCUCGGGUACGACAUCGGCUGUGUGUUCGGAGGCACCCUCGCGUGGAGCAGCGCAGGUCCUGAAUUCUGGAGUACAAAUGGUACACAUAGUCAGCCGACACAUCACGAAACGCGCCCGGACCAGAACUACAGAUGGUCAAGAACAGGACCGAGCAUCCCAGACUGGGAUGAUGAGCAGUGA